AUGGCUCUGCAGGACGUGUGUAAGUGGCAGGCCCCGGACACCCUGGGACUAUCACCUCACCUGUCUGCUGCUGGUGGCUGGGCUGUGCCCCGAGGCUGUGACCCUCAAACCUUCUUGCAGACCCAUGGCCCCAGGCUGGCCCACGGCACCACCACCCUGGCCUUCCGCUUUCGUCACGGAGUCAUCGCUGCGGCUGACACCCGUUCCUCCUGCGGCAACUACGUGGCAUGUCCAGCUUCACGCAAGGUCAUCCCUGUUCACCAGCACCUCCUGGGCACCACUUCUGGCACCUCCGCUGACUGUGUCACAUGGUACCGGGUGCUACAGCGGGAGCUGCGGCUGCGGGCAUUGCGAGAGGGCCAGCUGCCCAGUGUGGCCACUGCCGCCAAGCUCUUAUCAACCAUGAUGUCCCGCUACCGGGGGCUGGAUCUGUGCGUGGCCACUGCUCUCUGUGGCUGGGACCGCUCUGGCCCUGCCCUCUUCUAUGUCUACAGCGACGGCACCCGCCUGCAGGGGGACAUCUUCUCAGUGGGUUCUGGGUCUCCCUAUGCUUAUGGUGUGCUAGACCGUGGCUACCGCUACGACAUGACCACUCAGGAAGCCUACGCCCUGGCUCGCUGCGCUGUGGCCCACGCUACCCACCGCGACGCCUACUCUGGGGGUUCUGUAGACCUUUUUCAUGUGCGAGAGAGUGGGUGGGAGUACGUGUCACGCAACGAUGCCUGGGUGCUGUACUCAGAGCUGCAGAAGCUCCCAGAGCCCGAGAAGCAAGAGGAGGAGGCCAGCCAGGCCCAUCUUGAACCUGUCACCCUCCACAGAGCUGAUGAAGGUGGAGAACUCUGCAGACUGGUACCAGGAGACUCCAGGCUCCCUGCAGAGACUGAGACUCUGUAA